GGGAGGGCGGAGCUGCCGGCGGCCCGGGCGGGCUGGCAGCUAGAGUGGGUGCUAGAGCCGCCUCCGCCUCCUCCACUGCCGCCUCCUCCGCCCGGGCCGUUCGCUGCUGCGUGAGGAGAGCGAGGCGGGGCCGCCGGGGCCGCCAUGGAGCCCGACUCAGUGAUUGAGGACAAGACCAUCGAGCUCAUGUGUUCUGUGCCAAGGUCUUUGUGGCUAGGCUGCGCCAACCUGGUAGAGAGCAUGUGCGCACUGAGUUGCCUGCAGAGCAUGCCCAGUGUCAGAUGUCUCCAGGCAGCCAUCUGGAGCCAUUCUGUGAAAGCUUCUGAAGUUAGAGAAGUAGGAGAAGAUAACACAUGGAGGGAAGCGGCAUCUUCAAAGCCGAGGAACACUUCAGUUAUGGAAGAUCAAAAUGAAGAUGAGUCCCCAAAGAAAAAUACUCUUUGGCAGAUAAGUAAUGGAACAUCAUCUGUGAUUGUCUCCAGAAAGAGGCCAUCAGAAGGAAACUAUCAAAAAGAAAAGGACUUGUGUAUUAAAUAUUUUGACCAGUGGUCUGAAUCAGAUCAAGUGGAAUUUGUGGAGCAUCUUAUUUCACGAAUGUGUCAUUACCAGCAUGGACAUAUUAACUCUUACCUGAAGCCCAUGUUGCAGCGGGACUUUAUCACUGCGUUACCAGAGCAAGGUUUAGAUCACAUAGCAGAAAACAUUCUUUCCUACCUGGAUGCCAGAUCUCUGUGUGCAGCAGAGCUGGUAUGCAAAGAAUGGCAGCGAGUGAUCUCAGAAGGAAUGCUUUGGAAGAAGCUGAUUGAACGAAUGGUACGCACUGAUCCUCUGUGGAAAGGACUUUCAGAAAGAAGAGGGUGGGAUCAGUACCUGUUUAAAAACAGACCCACAGAUGGCCCUCCCAAUUCAUUUUAUAGGUCGUUAUACCCAAAGAUUAUUCAGGACAUAGAGACUAUAGAAUCUAACUGGCGGUGUGGACGACACAACUUGCAGAGGAUUCAGUGUCGCUCUGAAAAUAGUAAAGGUGUCUACUGUUUACAGUAUGAUGAUGAAAAAAUUAUCAGUGGCUUACGAGAUAAUUCUAUUAAGAUCUGGGAUAAAACUAGCCUGGAGUGUUUGAAAGUGUUAACAGGGCACACAGGCUCUGUCCUGUGUCUCCAGUAUGAUGAACGUGUCAUUGUAACUGGCUCUUCAGACUCUACAGUGAGGGUCUGGGAUGUGAACACAGGUGAAGUUCUUAACACAUUGAUCCAUCACAAUGAGGCUGUGCUGCACUUACGCUUCAGCAAUGGAUUGAUGGUGACUUGUUCCAAGGACCGCUCCAUUGCUGUGUGGGAUAUGGCUUCUGCCACUGAUAUCACUCUACGCCGAGUUCUGGUUGGCCACCGGGCUGCUGUCAAUGUGGUAGACUUUGAUGAUAAGUACAUCGUGUCCGCCUCUGGAGACAGGACCAUCAAAGUCUGGAGUACGAGCACCUGUGAAUUUGUGCGCACUCUCAAUGGGCACAAGCGAGGCAUUGCCUGCCUCCAGUACAGGGACCGUCUGGUGGUCAGUGGAUCAUCAGAUAACACCAUCAGGCUUUGGGAUAUUGAAUGUGGUGCCUGCUUAAGAGUCCUAGAGGGACAUGAAGAAUUGGUCCGAUGCAUCCGAUUUGAUAACAAGAGAAUUGUCAGCGGUGCCUAUGAUGGGAAAAUUAAAGUUUGGGAUUUGCAAGCUGCCCUUGACCCUCGAGCGCCAGCAAGCACAUUGUGUUUGCGCACCUUGGUGGGUUUCCUAGUCUUGAACUACUGGCUACAUGGCUACCAAAUGCCUAAGGGAGUUCGUCCACAGCUGAGUUAAGAAGCUGAAAUUGGUUCUAGACGCUGGGUAGAUGCAAAGCAGCCUCACUCGACAUUUCUCACCUCUGGUCCCGGCUCUACUUUGAGAAGGAUACUUUAGCCUCACCAACUUCCAGUAGAACAGAAGCCCACUUCCUACCCGCAUCCGAGAAAAAAAAAUCUAAUGCUUCAGACGUAAAUUGUUCACAUAAAGGGACGUAACAGUCUGUUUUACAGAAGUAAAUCGACCAUCAAGAGAAGACUUGGCCUCUAAUUUAUAAUGCUUUGCACUUUGGUCUGAUAUUCAGAAGCAACAUUCUUCUUCAGUGAAAUUUUGGGUGCCAAACACCUACCCAGAAUGUCCAGGGCUUUCCUUUCAGAAGUUAGCAUUCUCCUUUUGACUGUCCAAGUCGUUAUGAAUUUUGACUUGUAUUAGGAAUAUACAUGGUGGACAAUGGGAAAAUCUCUCUGGAUUGUUUUAGUAAUAUUUUUUGGAUUACACUUUCUUUCUGUACUAGUUUCUUUUAAUUUAAAGAACUAUCAGCCAGUUAUAUUAUUUCUCCACAGGUAAUAUAGCUCUUUUAUUAACUGUUCUCUGCUCCCAACCAUUUCCUGAUAUUUGGUAGAGUAACACCUUUAUCCAUGUGCUUGCCUCCUAAUUUAAAAUACUGUAUCCGCAUGUAGAUAUAAUGUACAUAACAGUUUAACCUCAAGGUUGCUGGAGUCAGGCCCCCUGUGCCUGAGACACUAAUAUAGAGUGUGUUCGCACUUAGCCAUGGGCUGGGCUCAAGAACCUGUUACCAGGGUUGAUGUGGAUGACCUAGAACCCUUCCUGCAGUAUUCAUAUGGUGUUUUUAUUUUGUCACUGUCACUGUGUGUGUGUGUGUGUUGUUUUUAAUGGGAAUCUUGUUUUAAAAUCUAACUUCUAAAGAUUAAUACAGAAAUGUUUUAUUUGUUGUGUAGGAUAUGCAAUAGAGAGGUACCUUAAAAUUUUUUGUUGUUAUUUUCCUCAUAAAUACUCCUGAGUGCUAGUGGUCACUUCCCAUAGUAUUCAUUCGGCUUCUUUGUCAAAAGCCAUCAUUCUGUGCAGUAGUAACCCUGAGAAGAGAAGAAUGAGAUGGCCCUAUAGACAGGGCCUCCCCCUCUGGAGUUCCUGGCCUGGCCCUGUCAGGGACUACAGGGCCCAAUGUUGUGCUGGAGCCUGUAGCUCAGAUCAGGCUGCUCUGGAGGGUCGCCGUGUAAAGGGCAGGGCUCUCCUGAGUGGGGCCAAGCCCAGGCCCAGGAGUCCCAUCCCAGUCAGCUCUGCUCUUAUCUGUUCUCUGGCCCCUGCAGGCUCUCAAAGCUCUCAAGUGCUCUGCAGCCUGAGCCUAGAAUAGCACUGUUACUUUGAUCAUGCAUGGGAAGGAUGUUGCUAUUUGGUCAACAUUCCUUUUUCCUCCUUAAGUAUUAGGUUUUGAUUUGCUCCUCACCAUUGCUUCCAAAGAUCAAGGAAUGUCAAUCCCAUUUUAAAGGACCAAUAAGCCACCUCCUGUGAACACACCCUCUUCCAGAAGAAGCACACUCUAUUCCUAGGAAAGGCCCCUGGGCUCUGUCCGUCCUUUGCAUUGAGAAGGGUGUGGGGAUCAAUGUGUGUGUAUGUGGUUUGUUAAAUUGGCUUUGCUUUUAAGUUUUUCUUUUGCCUUUUUAAUUUUUCUUAAAUGUAUCCUUGCUGACAUCUUCCUAAUUUCUGUUUUUGCAAGGUUGAGUCUCAAAAGUGUAAUAAUUAAACCUCCAUUCAUAAGGUGGAUGCUGUAAGCUUGACAGUGGUUGUGAGAGUGACUUGACUUUGACUGCUCUUCAUGUUACAGCUUUUAUGUCAAACUGGCUAGGAAAGCCCAGGGGAAAGGGGGGAGGGCCAGAGGCGAUUUUUCUGAACGAAUGGAUUUUUUUUUGUUUUUGCAUGUUUAAUAUAGAAGUUCCUCUUGUUCCUUGGGAAACCAUGGCCUUUGAAUAUGCACACAACCUUUGAAUUGUGCCUACUAAAUUAUCGCAGGGGACUUUGGCACCCAAGGAAUUCUGACUUUCUGGGAUUACAGUAGUAAUUCCCAGCCAUACUCUGGACUUUAUUUUGCUAACCAUAAUCAAGCAACUGUAAAUUACUACUAUCUUAAUGUUUUAAAGCACUGGGAUAGUCUAAUUCUAACUUGUAAUUAAUUAUGUUUGCCAAUUAUCUGUUUGAAAUAAAUUUGUGUCUGAACAGCUAUUGAAACUGUUAAAUUGUACAGAUAUUAUUCAUGACAGCUUUGUACUGUGGAAUGUGCUUAAUAAAAAACAAAAGUUUGACUUUUGUCCAAUAAAUUGCUAAGUAAUGUCAAUAAAUCAAGUAUGAGUAUUAUGCAGUA